GUGCUAUGUAAAUCUAUAUCAUAUAGCUUUGUACUUUAGAUCAAUUUCAAGAAAAUCAAAUGAAAAAGAGUUUUGCGAAGCAGCAGCAAGAACACAGAAGCAGCUGCUGAAGCAGCCUCCUGUAGAGUCAAAGGGGGCCUCCCCCAUUACACAUGGACAUAGCUCUCUUUACUCCAAAACAAAUACAAUUUCCAACAAUUAGCGACGAUGCAUAUCCAUCUUUAGCCGCUCCACUUGUUUCUUUAGCCGACAUGCAUAGCACCAACCACAACAACAACAACAACAGUCAUCUUCCAAAUACUAGCCACACAUCGACUAGCCGGUCAUCGGAUUCCGUUCAUGACCCUAUUUACGGUAUCGGCUCAUCUUCGGGGACGACGGAUCACAAAUGGGCAUCAAAGCUUCUUAAAGAAUGUGCAAGAGCCAUUUCUGAUAAAGAUUCAACAAAAAUUCAUCAACUCUUAUGGAUGUUGAAUGAGCUUUCUUCUCCUUAUGGUGAUUGUGAUCAGAAAUUAGCUUCUUAUUUCUUGCAAGCUUUGUUUUGCAAAGCAACCGAGUCGGGCCAAAGAUGCUUCAAAACCCUAACUUCAGUUGCUGAAAAGAGUCACUCCUUUGAUUCUGCUAGAAAAUUGAUACUUAAAUUUCAGGAGGUAAGCCCUUGGACUACUUUUGGUCAUGUUUCUUCUAAUGGUGCAAUUUUGGAAUCUUUAGAAGGUGAAACAAAACUUCAUAUAAUAGAUAUUAGUAAUACUCUUUGUACUCAAUGGCCUACUUUACUAGAAGCUUUAGCUACAAGAAAUGAUGAAACACCUCAUUUGAAGCUCACUAUUGUUGUAACUUCUAGCAUAAUAAGAUCAAUCAUGAAGGAAAUAGGUCAAAGAAUGGAGAAAUUUGCUAGGUUAAUGGGUGUUCCGUUCGAAAUUAAUGUCAUAAAUGAUAUAAACAGCCUCUCAGAACUCUCGGCGGAAGCGCUAAACGUUCAAGAAGAUGAAGCUAUCGCGAUCAACUGUAUCGGAGCAUUGAGAUUAGUCGAUGUAGACGAAAGAAGUUCCAUUAUUCGAAUGUUUCGAUCACUUAACCCUCGAAUUGUGACAAUUGUUGAAGAAGAAGCUGAUUUUACUAGCUCAAGAUAUGACUUUGUCAAGUGUUUUGAAGAGUGUUUAAGGUAUUACACACUAUAUUUCGAGAUGUUAGAAGAGAGCUUUGCUCCAACUAGUAAUGAGAGAUUGAUGUUAGAAAGGGAAUGUUCAAGAAGCAUAGUUAGGGUUUUAGCUUGUGAUCAUGAAGAAAAUGGCGAUGGAGACGAAUGCGAGAGAAGAGAAAAAGGUACCCAGUGGUCGGAAAGACUCGGGGAAACCUUUACGCCGGUGCGAUAUAGCGAUGAUGUUGUUGAUGAUGUUAAGGCAUUGCUUAAGAGAUAUAGAAGUGGAUGGUCCUCACUUGUGCAAGAUGAACAAAACGGACUUUACUUGACAUGGAAAGAAGAACCAGUAGUAUGGGCUUCAGCUUGGAAACCCUAGCUAGCAAAAUGAAAAAUAUAUAAAUUCCAUGAUCAUCUCACAAUUUAUUCAUAUGAUUGAAUUGAUGAUGAUGAUGGAGUUUAUAUUACUUUUCAGUUCUAAUUGCUAUGAUAUUUUGUUUUUUAUCUUAUGUCUCUUGAUCUGUGCUUUAUGCUUGGGAGUUUGUGUUGUUUUUUUUAGAUCAUUGUAUUUGUUUGCAAUAUUUGUAUUGUACUCUCUUUUUUCAGUUCCAUACCAAUUCCACUUCUUUUUUGGAUUGCUCGCUCAA